GUUCCUUUUUCAUUUUCUCGGGGAGCGUGAGAUGGGGGAUUAUUAUAGAACAGCCCAGUUCGGGUUUUCUCCCCCCCUCCCCUCUCCCCUUCUUGGUGGGCGUGGCUUAAAGUGACAUAUGGGGGCAUGGUUUGGGUUUUCCGAAGAGCCAAUCAGCAGCCAGGAAGGGAGUGGGAGGGGGGCAGCUGGAGGAGAGGGAAAAGUUUGUUUGGGGAAAGUUUUUCUUUAUUACUUUUUUAAAAAAAUAUAUUAAAGGGGGAGAAGGCGCGGGAAGAGGUAUUGCGUUAAAAGGGGGAGAGCAGAGGUGAAUCGAACCAAAACCUCCUCCAUCCAGCCCCCCAUUUUUUUGAGGGGUGCGGGGAGAGGGAAGGGGUCUUGCAACCCUAUUAGGCUGCAUCCACCGAUUCUCCCCCACCCCCUGGAAAAAAUGGGCGCAGCGAACUGCGAAGACGAGGACUUAGAAUUCAAGCUGAUUUUUGGAGAAGAAGAAAAGGAGCAUCCUGGAAUGGGGGUCCCCUUGGAAGACCUGGAUGCGGACAACCUCCCUGCCUACUGUUCACUUGCCCUGGGAGACCCACCUCCCUACACCUCUCCCCUGGGAAUCCCCUGCCCUCUGCAUCUCGGUGGGGGCCGUGCAGGCAUGCACUCCCCCCCACCCCGGCCGGCCGACUUGGACGGCGACACCUUUGAGAGCCAGCCCGCCCGGCGCGUCCGCCUCGGAGGCUCCCGUGUGCUGGAAUGCCCGAGCAUCCAGAUCACCACCAUUUCGCCAGGCCGGCGGGCCGAGGAAGACGACUGGGACUCCUCGCCUCGUGACUACCUCCUCUUGGAGGCUUUCGGGGGCUACCGCGAGACCACCCCGUCUUCCGGCUUCUUCACCCCAAGCCCCGCCAGCAGCGGCAGCGUCUCGCCUUGGAGCUUCUUUUCGGACGACGAAGCUCCCGCCGGGGACGAUGUGGAGCGGGAGCUGAACGAGGCAGCGGCCCGCUUUGCCCUCAGUUCCCCCUUGGGUUCUCCCCGGGGCUCCCCCAAGCCAUGGUCGCCCGCUGACGAGUCGUGGCAGCCUUACGGCGCCAGCUAUUCCCCGAGCCGGGGCACAGAGGAUGGAUGGAUGCUCCUGGGCCCAAGGCCAGCUUCACCCUGUGGCAAGCGGCGGUACUCCAGCUCUGAAACUCACUCUUCGGCAUCGCCGUGCCUCUCUCGGAGGGGCAGCCUUGGAGAGGAGACCCCGGGGGAGACCGUGGAGGCAGGAGGCGACACGGCGCCCUUCAACUGUACUGGAGCCCGACCGGCCGAAAGCAUCCCCCAGAAAGCCCGGAAGACCUCGACCGAGCAGACAGUGGCCCUGACCAGGAAGGAGGAAGGGAGCUGCAAUGGGGAGGAUGGGGGCUACGGACUUGGCGUGGGGCGCAAGGAAGGAAUGGAUUACCUGGCAGUGCCUUCCCCGCUGGCCUGGUCCAAAGCUCGCAUUGGAGGUCACAGCCCUGUGUUCAGGUCUUCUGCUCUCCCCCCUCUGGACUGGCCUCUCCCCAGUCAGUACGAACAGUAUGAGCUGAAAAUCGAGGUGCAGCCCCGAACUCACCACCGAGCCCAUUACGAGACGGAGGGCAGCCGGGGUGCUGUGAAGGCCGCUCCAGGAGGACAUCCUGUGGUGAAGCUUUUAGGCUAUGAUGAGAAGCCCCUUACCUUACAAAUGUUCAUUGGCACGGCAGAUGAGCGGAACUUGCGUCCCCAUGCCUUCUACCAAGUGCACCGCAUCACUGGCAAAAUGGUUGCCACCACGAGCUAUGAAUCCAUCAUCAAUGGCACCAAGGUCCUCGAGAUGUCCCUGCUGCCUGAGAAUAACAUGGCUGCCAAUAUUGACUGCGCAGGGAUCCUGAAGCUACGGAAUUCGGACAUUGAGCUGCGCAAGGGGGAGACGGACAUCGGGCGCAAGAACACGCGGGUGCGCCUGGUCUUCCGGGUCCACGUCCCGCAAGGAAAUGGCAAGGUGGUCUCUAUUCAGACUGCCUCUGUACCCAUCGAAUGCUCCCAGCGCUCAGCUCAGGAGCUCCCCCAAGUGGAAAACUACAGCCUCAGUGCAUGCUCUGUACAUGGCGGAGAAGAGAUGGUGAUCACUGGUGCUAACUUCCUGCCCGAAUCAAAAGUUAUCUUCAUUGAACGAGGCCCCGAUGGAAAACUCCAAUGGGAGGAAGAGGCAAAUGUCAAUCGGCUGAAAAGCACAGAGGCCUCUCUGACCCUCACUGUCCCCGAAUACAGCAACAAACGAGUGUCUCGGCCUGUUCAGACCUAUUUUUACGUCUCCAACGGACGCAGGAAAAGGAGCCCUGCUCAGGCCUUCAAAUACUUACCUGUGAUCUUCAAAGAAGAAGCACUCCCAGAUGCCCCACACCGGGGUUUCGCCCACACCACUCAGAGCUCUCCUUUCCCGCUACAGCCGGCACAGGGCGCCAUGGAUUUCUCUCCCUCCAGACCCCCCUUCCCUUACUGCCCCGAGCGCUCCCCGCCGUGCUCCCCCUACGGCCCCGACUGGAACCCUUGCUCCUUCUCCUCCCCCAACCACUACAACCCUGCCUUCCGUUUCCCUCAAAACGAGGCCUAUAGGGGCGUCAACCUCUCUGUACCCCUCCUGUCUCCAGCGGGCCUGCCCCAUCUCCAUGCCCUAGAAUGCCGUCCGCCCCACUUCCAGCCUCCCAGCCCACAACUCGGCGCUCAGCCACCGGGGCGGGGAGAGAACCGCAGCGGGGAGAGGACUCCGGAAUGGACAGAUCCAGAGCUGGGGUCCCAGGAACAUAGCGCCAAAGAGCUGGAGAAAUCGGGGUUCGAUGGUGGCUUCCGGGAUAACUUGCCCAUCCAUGGGAUCACGCUGGAGGAAGUAACCGAGAUCAUCGGCAGGGACCUAAGCGACUUCCCCGAGCCCUCCUGCGAAGGCAGGCGGAGCUGAGAUGCCGCUGGAUUGCGGGGCGCUCUGAUCUUCCAAGAGAAACCUGGAGCUUUGACCCAUAGAAAGUUGGCAACACCAAAGAUCACCCUGAGUGGCCAGUUUUCAGGGACUCUCUGCGUCCAUGAGUUUUGCCUCUGACAUUUUUCUGCCUAUCCUUUUUAUUCAUUCAUUCCGCCACUCCUUUCCUUUCCCUGCCAAUGCUUCCAUAAAGGGCCAAGUCAGCCUCAGAAUGGCUAUGGGUGGAUCAAGGCAGUGGCUCUCUGUUCUCAGACGUCCCGGCAGAAGAAGCCUCAAAAGAAACUCACCAGCAGAGCUACCACUGCGGUGGCCACCUGUUUUUGUUCAUCCAUAGUAUCUGGAGAUAUGCAGCAUUCUGGACCAAGAAGUGGGCUUGCACAUCUGGCUAUCAUGGCCCAGAGCGACCUUAUCUUGUGACUCCUUAAAAUGUAUGCUAUUGGCCAGUGUGGGGCCCUGUUGCAAUGAAUUCCAUAGCCCAGCCUGGCCAUCUAGGUGAGACCUUCCAUUUGCCAGAUUGCCCUUUCCCUUCUGCUCAUCCGUCCACUCUACUGUGCAUUUUCUCCACCUGCUCUCAGCCAUGUCCGUCCAUCCAAACCACCUCCCGUCUUCCCUUGGCAUUGAGAAGGGUUCCAAGUUUCUCCUUGGCGGUGAUGUCUAAAUGACUUCUGAAAUGGCUGGUGCCAUAGGUUCCUGGAGACAGGGCUGGCCCGAGACAUUUUGGCACCUGAGCUGAACCACAAAAUGCCAGGGAGGAAAGGACUAGUGAAGAUCUACAUCAGGGAGGGUGGAUAAUGAUCUGUCCUGGGAACAAGGAUGGAAGGAGACCAGCAGCACCUCCUAUUCAACAAGAGGAACUGAGGAAGCGAUAGAUCCGGCCUACAAGGAGUAGCAGGCAAUGCAUUCCUUGGAGGCCAGAUCUGCUGCCCUUGUGUACCCUGAGGUGGUUGCAUCCCCUUGCCUCAUGGGUGGGCCGGCCCUGCCUGCAGAACCUUAUCAGAAGGUUCCUUGGCUAGAGGAGUAGGAGCGCAAGGAAAGUUGCUCUCGAAAGGCAGAAUGCCCCUGAUUCCUGAUCUUGCCUUCCAGUGGCAGGGAAGCGUCGUGUAAAUUCUCCUGCAUUUGUUCAGUUGCUUCAGGGCAUUGUCAAGGAGUGCUAAGCCUGGAAUGUGUCAUUAUAUCAGGGCUGGGGAAUCUUCUCCAGAUGUUGCUGGACUCCAGCUCCCAUCAACCCUGACCGUUGGCCGUGUUGGCCAAGACAGACAGCAGCUGAGUCCUGACAACUUCUGGACGGCCCCAAGUUCCCUAUCCAUGCCAGUACAUUUCCCAGGCUUUGUUGUUUGCUUGCAGGUAUUCCUUGUUGAAUGCUCUGGGGGGGGGCUCUUUGGUAGGCCAUUCUGUGGGUAUGAGAAGCCCACGGCUCUCCAGAUGUUCUCCCACCAGCCCCAACCAACAUGACCUGUGGUCCAGGGUGAUGGAUGUUGGAGUUGAACAGCAACAUAUGGAGACCCCUUAUGUACCACCCUCUCCACCCCCUCCACCCGUCAUCUCCUGUGGUGCAGUGAUCCUUCUGAAGAACAGUCGUGAUGAAUUUUUUCCUCGAUGGUUGCCAGUUUCCUUGUUCUGGAAUUAUUUUAUAAUUGUGCCCUUGCUGAAGAAGCUGCUGAUGUGUGUGGAAGGGGAAAGGAACCGUACCACUGUUGUCCUCCCACCUUUAAUAUAUAUCCUUCCAAGUUGGUCCACGGGGAUGGAAAUCGUUUCCAGUCAGGAGAAAAAGCCAUAAGAUGUGUCACUGGUGCUAAGAGUAGUCCCUAGUCCUCAUGAACACUCUCCCUUACAAAGGGUUAUUGUAAUAGGUGAAGAGGCACAUAAUGUUUUCAGAGCAAUGGGCUGCUUUGGAAAUGGCCUUCCUACCUUCACUCAAAAGAGAUGUGUAUUCCUCUCCAGAGUUGACCAGGUGAGUGGGAAGCGGAGGGAAGUAUUCUGUGAGCUUGCAGCAGGAACUGGCUGUGCACAGUGCUGAUUGGCUAGUGCUUGUGACGCAGCCAGGAACCUCUUGCAUCCUCAGAGCAGUUUUGCACAUUAACUUUUUUAAAAAGCAAAAACAAGAAGGUGUUGACUUAAUAAAAAUCAAUUCAGUACCUUUUUAUAAUAAAGUAGGUAAGCUGUCUGAAGUGGUGGCAUAGGAGACAGACAGGCCUGAUAUACCGUAUUUUUCGCUCUAUAAGACACACCAGACCACAAGACACAUCUAGUUUUUGGAGGAGGAAAUAAGAAAAAAA